ACUGGUGAUGGAGUGAACGAUGCCCCUGCUUUGAAGAAAGCUGAAAUUGGUAUUGCCAUGGGCUCUGGAACGGCUGUGGCCAAAUCAGCUGCCGAGAUGGUUUUGUCAGAUGACAAUUUUUCCACUAUUGUGGCCGCUGUGGAGGAGGGCAGAGCCAUUUACAACAACAUGAAGCAGUUCAUCCGCUACCUUAUUUCUUCUAACGUUGGAGAAGUUGUCUGCAUCUUCCUGACAGCCAUCCUGGGCCUUCCAGAAGCUUUGAUUCCAGUCCAGUUGCUUUGGGUGAACCUGGUGACUGACGGACUGCCAGCUACAGCCCUCGGCUUUAAUCCUCCUGACCUUGACAUCAUGGACAAACUGCCCCGGAACCCUAGGGAACCUCUCAUUAGUGGGUGGCUGUUCUUCCGCUACCUUGCAAUUGGAGUUUACGUUGGGUUUGCAACUGUAGGUGCAGCUACUUGGUGGUUCUUGUACGACGCUGAAGGACCUCAAGUUACCUUCUACCAGCUGAGGAACUUCAUGAGAUGUACAGAAGACAACCCCAUCUUUGAAGGCAUUGAUUGUGAAAUCUUCGAAUCUCGUUAUCCAACCACCAUGGCGCUCUCGGUGCUGGUGACAAUUGAGAUGUGCAACGCACUCAACAGUGUGUCUGAAAACCAGUCGCUGCUCAGGAUGCCCCCCUGGCUGAACAUCUGGCUCCUGGGAGCCAUUGUCAUGUCUAUGGCCCUGCAUUUCCUGAUUCUGUACGUGAAGCCAUUGCCUCUGAUCUUUCAGGUGACCCCACUUAGCUGGCCUCAAUGGGAGACUGUGCUGAAAAUCUCUUUGCCAGUUAUCCUGCUGGAUGAAGGCUUGAAGUAUCUCUCCCGUAACCAUUUAGAUGGCAAAGAGACCAAGAAAUGACCAGCACAAAAGAAACUCAGUUUCUCCGCAAAAUGAAUCGUAAACUCUUACCUGGGACUGAAGAAAUUGCAUGCUUGAACAUUUCCAAAAGACAUCAAGGAAUGUGCAUGUUUUUGAAGUCUCGGACUUAAUGCGGGUGAAUUGUCAAAAGAAAUGAAAAACUGAUAUUUUUGUUUUGUUUUUAUUUUUACUUUUACUUUUGUUAUGUAGCUGGGUGUUUUUUUUCCCUGUAUAUAGUCGUGCAAAUACUGGACAGUUAAAUUAUGGCUGGGGGGGAGGGUAGAGUUUGCUCUUUCAAGGAGGCAGAAUAAUUCAAACCCUUAGAGAUCUGCUUCUGAAGAUUUCAUUCCUUUUUUAACUCUCUUUUUUUCAGCACCCUAAGAACUGCAUUUUUUCUCUUGACACAAAGUUUGUGAUAGUUCAGGAUGAGAUAUAAUAUAGUUCUUGUCAGAAGUAGCUGCUGGUGGGGUGAGUCUCUCCUUCACCAACAAGACCCUCUUUUGACACAGUCCUAUAAGCUUUUAUAGGAGUCAGGAUGUACCACAUGACUUGAGGUAGCCUAUCAGGUUUUUUGAGAAAUAGAUUUGACCAUCGGAUUGGUUGCCGUAUAGUUCAUCAGGUCUCACUGGAGACUGGCUGCUGAAAUCAUGCUUGGCUUUGCGUAGAUGCCUAAAUUCUAGAAUCAGAAGAUGGUUGCAACUCUUAUGCUUGCAGGCUUAUGGGAAAGAGGCACUUUUUGGCAGAGAAGUUCAAUAUGUCCUUGGCCAUCUAUACCUACCAUGUUUCGUUCUUUUGGGAAUCCUUUUUCUCCCACAAUUUUUUUCAGAGCUUCAUUGUGUGGAGGAGGAUGUCCGGCUUCUUGUAUCCUAGAAAGCUGAAUUCGGGAGUACGGAAUCAGUGUUGAAAGCUGGUAUUUUAGAAAGAAAGAUUCUAGUCUGGCCAUUUCCUUGUUAUGCCAAUUCUCUAUGCACAGAAACCUUAUUUUUGGGUAAGGUAUUGCCUGGAGACAGAUCUACCCAUGUUUGUGGGAACUUAGACCACAAAUAUAUGGAGAUUUCUCAUCACAAGUCAGCUCAUUGAUCCAUUUAGCCUAUCUGACUGGUAGGACAAUUCUCUGGGCUGUCAUUUUUCUCGCUUGCUGCCUGAUCUUUUUAACUGGAGCUAAUGGAGGUUCAAUCUCUGCACUUCUACAAAAAAGGAAAUACUUUGCCACUGAGCUGAAAUGCUACCUUUGGGUAAACUACUGCUUCAUCUUGGCUAUUUUUAGUUUCUCUGUGAGAGACAGCAGCUAUCCAAAGUGGCCCACAAAGAUAUAAUUGGGUGCCAUAAGACCAGAAUAAUCAUAAUGAUUACUUCCUAACAAAGUGACAGCUUGAUUUAAGUAUCAACAUUCCCUUUGUAUAGUUUAUUCUUCAUAGAUCUCUCAAGAUGAAAAGGCAUCAAGCAAAUCAAGAAUCUUGCAGUGAAAAGGGCCCAGAGAAAGUUCAUGUAUGACAUGGUACAAGACAGAGCAACUCUGUCUCUCCGCAUCCUAAGACACAGAUGAUAUUUAUGCAACUUAUGUCAGUGGUCCUUGAGUAUUUAGGGGGUGCAGAUGUCUUAAUUUGGGGCAACAGUAUGUAUUCUCAUCACUUUCAGGCCAGGUGCCUGGAACUGGGAUCAGUGUGAUCCAUAGCUCUUACAGAUGCAACAGGAGGGAGUUGGUGGCACGGAUGCCUGACUUUAAAUUCUAUACAUGGAUUUCUGUGGAAAGCUUUCUCACUUUAGGUGGUUAUUUCCACAACAGCAGCAAGUUUAGGUAUAUGGAGAAUCAUAUCUGAUGAAUUCCAGCCUUUGGGAAGAAGAUGAGAUUUCAGAAAGGUCAUCUUGAAGACUGUUUUUGCAACAUUGCAAAGCUUUUUUUUUCCAGGAAAAAAGAUAGUCCUACAGUAAUAUUAAAAUGAAGUGUGGAUGUCCUACCUGACAGCAUUUUUUAAAGAACAGUACCUAAGAGCAGAUGAUGAUGAUGGAGAAGGAGAAGGAGAAUUAUUAGUUUCAUAUCCAGCCUUUUCUCCAGGAUUACAAGGCAGCUUACCUGAGCUUCUCCAUUUUAUUUUGUCAACAACAAGCCUCUGAAGGGGUGGGUGGGCUGUGAGAGAAUGACUGCCCCAAAGUCAACCAGUGAGCUUCCAUGACUGAGCGGGACUAGUCCAACUUCAUACACUGACCAUCCAGGGUAUGUUGAGUUCACCUCUUUUCUGCACACAAGAGUUGGUUUUUGAAAUGAACAUAAUUUUGAAGGCAGAUACUUUAGAGGGCUCUACAGGCUUUUUCCCGCUGCUGUUGAACUGCUACCCACCCAUAUUUGAGUCAGCAGAAAACAAGACUGGCAGAAUACUGAUGGCCUGUCUUGCCUCUUUUUUUCCAUCACUGCCAAUCAUCUGACUUUCCUGGAAGAUGAGGGGUGAUAAAGCUUAACAGACUUUAUAUCCCCAGAUAGGGGAGAAAAUGCAACUUUAGCACCAGUAUAUCUAAGGAUGGCUUAAGAAUAUCUCACGAGGGCUGGGAACAAGAUGCUGGCAAUAUCAAGGGGACAGGACAUAUUUGGGCAAAUGGGGAAAGACCCCAAUCUUCUGUCAUUUUUUUUUUUUU